GUUUUUGCGUCUUUUUACGCGACUUUCAUGCCAUAGUCUGUAAUAAAGAUGUUUGCCGGGCUGCCUGAAUUGGGAAUUUCCAACGGCGAGGAUCUCAAAGAGACUCUGACGAACUGCACGGAGCCCCUGAAAGCCAUCGACCAGUUCCAGACUGAAAAUGGCAUUCUGUUGCCAACCCUGCAGUCUGCUCUACCUUUUCUGGACCUCCACGGAACCCCCCGGCUGGAGUUUCACCAAUCCGUCUUUGAUGAGCUACGAGAGAAGUUGAUGGAGCGAGUUGCUAUAAUUGCAGAGGGCAAGGAUGACGACAGAUAUGGAAAGCUUGAAGAGCUGCUGGAGAAGAGCUUUCCACUGGUUAAGAUGCCGUCCAUUCAGCCAGUGGUAAUGCAGGUGCUCAAGCAUCUGCCAAAGGUGCCAGAGAAGAAGCUGAAGAUGGUAAUGGCUGACAAGGAGCUGUAUAAGGUCUGUGCUGUUGAGGUAAAACGGCAGAUCUGGCAAGAUAACCAGGCUCUGUUUGGGGAUGAAGUCUCUCCCCUGCUCAAGCAGUAUAUAGUGGAGAAGGAAGCGGCUCUUUUCAGCAGUGACCUCUCCAUUCUUCAUAACUUCUUCAGCCCUUCUCCCAAAACGAGACGCCAAGGAGAGGUGGUCCUAAAGCUAACCCAGAUGAUAGGGAAAAAUGUAAAACUGUAUGACAUGGUGCUGCAAUUUUUACGGACGCUCUUCCUGCGUACCCGUAACGUCCACUACUGCACGCUGAGAGCAGAGCUGCUCAUGUCCCUCCAUGACCUGGACAUCAGCGAGAUCUGCUCUGUAGACCCCUGUCAUAAGUUCACUUGGUGCUUGGAUGCCUGCAUCCGUGAGAAGUUUGUGGAUGCCAAACGAGCCAGGGAGCUGCAGGGGUUUCUCGAUGGGGUGAAGAAAGGACAAGAGCAAGUGCUUGGAGACCUAUCCAUGAUCCUGUGUGACCCUUUUGCUUGUAAUACCCUGGUCCUGAGUACGGUUAGAAACCUGCAAGAGCUGCUCAGUCAGGAUACGUUACCCAGGGAGAGUCCAGACUUGAUGUUGCUCCUGAGAAUGUUGUCUUUGGGACAAGGGGCUUGGGAUAUGAUAGACAGCCAAGUCUUUAAAGAGCCUCGCUUGGAUUUAGAAGUGGUGACUCGUUUCCUUCCUGCCAUGAUGUCAGUCGUGGUGGAUGACUACACCUUCACUGUGGAGCAAAAGUUGCCCAGUGAGGAGAAGAGCUCUCUCUCCUACCCUACCGCCCUACCCGAUGCCUUUUGCAGGUACCUGCAAGAGAACAGGGUGGCCUGUGAGAUGGGCCUCUACUACAUCCUCCACAUUGCUAAACAGAGGAACAAGAAUGCUUUACAAAGGCUGCUGCCUGCACUGGUGGAAACCCACAAUGACAUGGCCUUCGGGGACAUCUUCCUACACCUACUGACUGGACACCUUACCUUGCUCUCUGAUGAAUUUGGGUCAGAGGAGUUCUGCUCUGUUGUCUUUGAUGGCUUCCUCCUCACUUCCUUCGCCAGUAAAGAGAACGUCCACAGACACACUCUGCGUAUGUUACUGCACCUUCACCACAAGGUGCUGCCGUCAUACAUGGAGACCUUGAUGAAAACUCUGGAACCUCCGAAACAGAGCAGUGACCCGGUGAAGGAGCUGUACAGCCAGCUGACCGAGAAGCUUGAGGCGCAGAAGAAGAGCCCACCGCAGCCAGAUGAAGCGCCGACCCUGGACCUUGGGCUCCACCCGGUGACGGUCCCCACCACGGCCUCCACCCCCACCACACCUCUCUGAGAGAGGUGGCGGGCUGGACUGGGGCGAGGACAAGCUUGGAGGUGAAGCCCAUCAGGGACUCAGACUCUACAUGGAGCUACACAUUUGGCUCUCACGGCGUUUUUUUUUUUUUUUUUUUUUUUUAAUUCAACACAGAAUCUUCUAGUUUUUCAUUUCUUGUGUGGUUUCUUGUCAGGGGUGAGUUUGUGUAGGUGUGUUUCCUCGGGGUCUCCCAGCUGUUGACGGUGUACCCCGGUGGCCGACCAUCAAGUCCCCUGAAAGGGAGUCGUGACUUUUUUAUAUCUUGUCUCGCGUUGUUGUCUAGAUCUAUUUUCAUAUGUCACUGUGGUAGCUUGAAUUUGUGCGUCUUCGGUCAUAUUUGAAAUGUGUCCGAGGUGUAAAAGACCUGUAAAUAAAUGAUU